AUGUUCUCUAUGUGUUGUGAAGGCUUGUGAGAAUAAUGUACCUUGUGCCGGCCGAGCACUUAGGAAUGCUUUCUUAUCCAAUGGUCAGGAUAACUGGAAAGCACAUAUUAAACUGGCAAGAAUCAUCAGGAGGACAUAUAUCGGUCUGAAGCUGGUGGAAUGGCUGAUGGAUCAUUGUGAAUUUAUCAGGAACAGGACAAUAGCUUCCAAAAUCUGGAACAUUCUCCUGGACUUGGGCAUUCUGCUUUCAGUGGAGCAGAACAAUGUAUUUGAGGACUCCAGGUCUUUGUACCAGUUCACCUUUGUGGAAUGUGAGGCCCAGAGCUGUGAUUUCAGAAAUAAGGUCAACUGGCCAGGUGCAGUACAUCUGCUGCUACAGCUGGUCCCAUACGUGCAGCUUCGCAGUGGAACCCAAAAGCACUAUAAAGGAGAUGCACAGAAAACAUCUGAUGUUUGUAAUCCAGUUCUUCAAAUGAGAGCUUUGGAGCAUCUCACCUCAACGGUGCAGAAUGAACUGUUGGCAGCUCUGGCUCGCAAGGCACAGAUUAAAUCAGUGAUGGAGGAGAGCAGUCCACAGCAGGAUACUAACACCCCAGGAUCCUCUCCCAGUCCUGCUGCGUGUAAGCAGGGCCCUGGAACUGUUACAUGCGAUAGAGAGGAUAUCAGCCGAUUGGAGAUGGUCCAGAGACUGGCCAAGGACGGAUGCCGCCUUCUACACAGCCCGCUAAGAGCUACCGAAAAACCUACUGAGCCCUCCAGUGACGCAGCAGUCCGUGUGAGUGAGAGAGAGCGGAGCCACGAGGUACUGCUGCCUCAGAGGACGACGUCACCAAGAGCUCCCCCCUCCUCCUCCUCCUGGACCGGGAGGUACGCUGCCGUGCCCGCCACCCCUGAAAAGGUUCUAGAGCAUCUGCUGGGCCACCUGAGGCUGGAUGAGGAGCAGAAGAGCCCCCAGAGCAGAGAGACAGAGAAUCUAUUGGAUGACUUUCUGCUGACGUACCCUGUGAUUAUGUCCACCAGUGACCUGUGCCAAGCACUACUCGGUCACUAUUGUUCAAAGAAAGACAGGAUGAAAGAGGAGGGGAGAGACACUCUGCUUAGGAAACGAAAAGUGCUGCACCUGCUGUCCCAGUGGAGCUCGCUGUGCACAGACCUGCCCCGGGACAACGAGCACGCCAAACUAUUCCUCAAGACUCUGUACAGAUACGUUCUGGAUGAUCUCUAUGAGUUUCCAUCGCUGGAGAAGGAUCUGAAAGAACUUCAGAAACUUCUACGGAUGCAAAGGAGACACACGGUAGAUGAAUACUCUCCACAAAGGAAGAAUAAAGCUCUUUUCCACCAGCUGAGUCUGAAGGAGAACUGGCACCCUGUGAGAGGAGCUCAGAGGGAGAGGAAGGAAGUGCUGUGUCGUGUGUAUGUGACCAUAGACUCAUACGUGAGUGUAAGGACCCAUAGCGAGGUGUCCGUGCAGGAACUGCUGAGCACUGUGGCUGAAAGGCUCGACUGUGCUGAAGACGACAUGGUGUUGAUGGCCGUCAUGUAUCCUGGAGAGAAGGUUCUGCUUCAGUCAGAUCAGUGUGUGUUCUCGUCUUCACUCAGUGCUGCUGAGAGGCUGCACGUCUGCAGAAGAGACCUGACUGAGAUCAUGAGUCCCUUCACUGAUAACGGGCAGCAGCGCUCAGUGAAGAUGCUGAGCAUGAACACAUGGGAUGUAGCCGUGUCGCUCACAAACUGUGACUGGAGUCUCUUCACUAUCGUGCAUGAGCAAGAGCUGGUAUACUUUACUCAGAGCCGAGACGCGAGCGCUGGCCACACGAUGGCACUGGAGCAGCUGUUGCAGCGCUGCAAUGAGACUCAGCAGUGGGUGAUGACCGAAGUGCUCCUGUGCCCAACCCUCUGCAAACGUGUGCAGCUCUUCAAGAAAUUCAUCAAGAUCGCAGCACACUGUAAAGCACAGAGGAACCUGAACUCAUUAUUUGCCAUCAUUAUGGGACUGAACAGUCCUGCUGUCAGUCGACUCACUCAGACAUGGGAGAAAGUCCCUGGGAAGUUCAGGAAGUUGUUCUCUGAGCUGGAGAGCUUGACGGACCCUUCUUUAAACCACAAAGCCUACAGAGAUGCCUUCAGGAAGAUGAAGUCUCCCAAGAUCCCUUUCCUGCCUCUGCUUCUGAAAGAUAUCACCUUCAUUCAUGAGGGCAACAAAACAUUUCUCGACAACCUAGUCAACUUUGAUAAACUACACAUGAUAGCAGACACAGUGCGCAUUAUCAGGCAGUGUCGGACAGAUCACAUGGGAAACAUGUUGUCCCAGAAGGACAGCAUAGAAGUGAGAACGUACAUCAAUUACCUGCACGUCAUCGACAAUCAACAGACUCUGUUUGAGCUCUCACACAGACUUGAGCCCAGGACAUAAAACUACUUGAUAUAUCCUAAAUCCACCAGUGAAGACUGUGAUGAGUCCUCCACUAGGGGGAGACACACUCACACUAACCACACUGAAUAGAACACAGUAUUGCAUAGCCAAAGAAGUCUCUGCCAGUUCAACAAUGUGAAAGGAACAAAGCAGCUGAAUCAUGCAAGACUGUGAAAUAGAAAACUGGCUUCUGAAACUGCAAGAAACUACAGAACUGUUAUAACAGGAAACAUCACAGUGGAUCCAGUAUUCUGUAAGUUACAGAACUGAAACAUCAUGUGGACAAUUAAAAAUGUUUUCCUACAGCACACUUUCACUUAGUAGUGUAGGGCAGAUUUUUAGUUAUUUUUAGUUAUGAGAAAAUAAUAGCCACAUCUUUAUUCCUAUGUAGUCCAAUUAGUCUGAAAUUUGAGCUACAUGCACAAAUCACAAAACGAUGUGAUGCCUUUUUAGAUCAUGGCCAACAAACAAUUUGUAGACAAUCAGAAAAAUAUCCCAAGGCAGCACACUGUAUUUUAGAUGCAGAAUUGCUACCAGAAGCAAGAAGUAGAAGUCUAGAUUAAAGCGACUAUUAGUUGAAUUCACAUAAACUUUAAGGAUAUCUUAAAAUAAUGUGUAUCUUCUAGGGGGGAAAAUGCAAUUUAUUUAGCAGAUUUUCACAUGAAUAAUUGGUUUUAAAUUAUGGAUGUAUUUUUUUGGAAAAGCCCUACUGAACAUAACUGAGCAGUGGUUCUUACAAUAGAUGGUGCUUAAAAAAAGCUAAUAUGUAGAUUUCUUGUAUAAGUUGUACUUGAGACAUUGAGAUAUUUAUUACACAACAAACUUGUCCCAGAUUCAGAAGGGAAAACAAAACAGGUUUUAAAUGUACUGUAAAUGUGAUCAGAUGGUCUGAAGGAUUUGGUGACGCCAUUGACUGACCAGUCUGAUAAUGCCUGAGGUUCACAUGUGAACUCUGUAAAUACUAAGACUUUUUUUUUUAAUAAAUAAUAAAAAAAACAUGCUAUAAAGCAAUAGCAAGGUGUACAUCUCACCUUCAGAGAGAGAGAGAAAAAAAAAUGUUAGCAGUGAUUGAUUGUAGCUGCUGUUUGCACUAGUUUUCUUCACUAAGAGCCUGACAUUAAAGAAUAAUAAUAAAAAAUAAAAAUAAAAACUUUUUUCAUGUGCAAAUCCA